AUGGCCGACACAAAACGAGUGAUUCCUAUUGAGUCUAACCCAGAGAUUUUCAGCUCCUUGGCUCAUAACAUUGGCCUUUCCCCAAUAUUGGCGUUUCAGGAUGUCUACUCCAUUACCGAUCCAGAUUUAUUGGCCUUUUUGCCCCGCCCAGUUAUGGGUGUCACGAUGUUGUUUCCCAUCACGGAAAAGUACGAAGAGUACCGCAAACAUCAGGAUGAAAUCAACCUUAAUCAAUCCAAAGGUGCUCAUUGGUUCAAGCAAACCGUUGCUAAUGGGUGUGGUUUCUAUGCGAUUCUCCACAUACUAGCGAAUUUGCCUCGUGACUUGAUAAUCGAAAAUCUGAUCUUGAACAAGUUACUUCUUCUGCAACUCUCUGACGAAUUGAGUGUGGAAGAAAUAUCAUCUUUGGUUGAAAUGCUUGAGCAAAACAUACAGCUUGACUCCAAUUAUGGUAAUCAAGGCCAAACUGCGGCACCCAGUGCGGAAGAAGCUGUGGAAUACCAUUUCAUCUCUUUUGUCAGAGGAAAAGACGGCCACUUGUAUGAAUUAGAUGGAAGGCGCACAGGACCAGUUGACUUGGGUCCCUCGGAUAAUGAAGAUAUAAUUAAUGACAAAAAGUUAUUGGACAAAAUCCAGUUCUAUAUGGAUAAUACCGAAGAACGCCAACGUGAUAAUUUUGCAUUGAUGGCUUUAACGCCAUCUUUGUGA